AUGGAUACCGGUGAAGACGAACCAAAUUAUGCUGUCGGGCAGGACGAUCCAUUAAAUAUAUACUACGAAAGCCAAAAAUCCCGUCUUCCUGAAAAAGAUACUGUUGAAGCACAAUUGUUAGGACUCAAGCGUGAACCCGCUAACGUCACUAUCAAGGGUUUAAUAAACGCCACAAACCGAAGAGCUGGUCAGGUCUCUUUAAACAUAAGAGAAAAAUGGUCAAAUAAAGUCAUACACACCACAGCCCUCAUUCUAGGACGAAUCACAGAAAGUCUUCCAUCGACAUGCACAAACUUCAAUGUUAACGUAGACAUAAAGAAUACUGAACUUGCAGAUCCAGAGUUCCUUACUCGAUCAAAGAUCGAUGUAUUGUUAGAAGCUGAUGCAUAUGGUGAAAUCCUGCUGGAGGGAUUGAAGAAAGGUAUGCCAACUGCACAAAAGACCAAACUGGGCUGGAUUUUAUCUGGUCCCAUAGCUAGAAGCGCAUCAACUACAUCAACUUCCAUAAAAAGUACAUCACAGCUCGAUCAACAGCUAUCAACAUUUUGGGAACAGGAGGAAAUCGAAAAGAAACCCUUUUUGUCUCACGAACAAGAGAUGGCCGAAAAGCAAUACAUUACAAAUGUCCAAAGGAUAAAAGAUGGACGGUAUAAAGUCAAAAUGCCGUGA